CGUCAAAGCUUUCUCCGGCCAGGGAAACAAGCCCAAUAUGUACUGGGUUUUCUUCGCAGUAAUGUGUACAAAUUAGCUCGUUUGGUAAAUGGAGGAACUCUUACCUUACGGAUAAAUGAUCAGAUUCGUUUGUUUGGAUAGUCACUGAAACCCUCGAGUCAGUCAGGUUUAAAUGCUAGCUAGCGCCGGUGCUAGCGUGCAUUUAGCUGUAGCUUCAGCGAGCCAAUAGUGCUCUUCUUUAUCUGUAAGGGCUGAAGAAGACUUGGGUGAAAACAGACGAAAUAUCUGAAAUGAGUAAACCAGCUACAAGGUGUAGACCAACUUAACUGGAUUUUACAGACGUUCUGUGUUGCAAUGAUGAGCACCAGUGUCCAGCUCUGAGAGCUCAGAGCCAUGAACUCCGUUUCCCCCAGCGCAGCUCAGUAUGUUGGGGGAGUGAUGCAGGACGAACUGGUGGAGGGCCGGAGGCAGCAGCAGCCCCCGGAGCAGCAGGGUAGCUUCAGUCUCAGCAGGCCGGCACAGACUUCAGAUCCCAGCAAAGAAGCAACCGGAGAGCCAGACGAGAUGGACAAACUCAAAGCCAAACUGAUGUCAGCAUGGAACAAUGUCAAAUAUGGUUGGACUGUUAAAUCUAAAACCUCCUUCAACAAAAUAUCACCAGUCAUUGUCCUGGGACACUCCUACCUGCUCAACAGUGAAGACGAGGUGGAGCGGUUCCGUCUGGCUUUUGUGUCCAGGAUUUGGCUGACCUACAGGAGGGAGUUUCCUCAGUUGGAGGGCUCUACCUGGACCACAGACUGCGGCUGGGGCUGCAUGCUGCGCAGCGGACAGAUGCUGCUGGCACAGGGCCUCGUGGUCCACUUGAUGCCCAGAGACUGGACUUGGCCGGAUGCUCAGCCGCUAACCGAUGUUGACUUUGAGGUGUUCCGACCGCGUUCCCCAGCCCGGGCUGGAGGGGUCCCCAUACCUUCUUUUGGCUCCCCACGAAGACCCAGCACCCCUGAAAAGACACUGCCAAGGGAUCAGGCCCCCAAAUGCAGCCAGAAGAAGAGGCCUGAGUGUACAAGGGACAGGCAGGCAGAGCCCAUCCACCACAAGCUGGUCACCUGGUUCGGGGAUCAACCUCCAGCACCUUUUGGGGUUCACCAGCUGGUGGGAAUUGGUAAAAGUUCAGGGAAGAAAGCUGGUGACUGGUACGGCCCCUCUGUAGUGGCACAUAUACUACGGAAAGCAGUGGCUAAAACAUCUGUGCUGCACAACCUGGCUGUAUAUGUGGCUCAGGACUGUACAGUGUACAAGGAGGACGUGGUGCGUCUGUGUGAUCUGUCACUAAGCCACAAUCCCUCCGAUCCGUCCAGCCAAGCCUGGAAGUCUGUCAUCAUAUUGGUGCCUGUUCGGCUGGGAGGGGAGGCCCUCAACCCAUCUUACAUCGAAUGUGUCAAGAACAUCCUAAAGCUGGAAUGUUGUAUUGGAAUCAUUGGGGGGAAACCAAAGCAUUCGUUGUAUUUUAUCGGCUUCCAAGACGAGCAGCUGCUGUAUCUGGACCCUCACUACUGCCAGCCUGUGGUGGAUGUCACACAAGCCAACUUCUCACUGGAGUCCUUCCACUGUAGCUCUCCCAAAAAGAUGCCCUUCAACCGUAUGGAUCCCAGCUGUACCAUCGGCUUCUACGCCAGCAACAAGAAGGACUUUGAGUCUCUUUGUUCUGCUGUUAGUGUGGCUCUGUCAUCAACUAAGGAGAAGUACCCCAUCUUUACUUUUGUAGAAGGCCAGGGUCAGGACUAUGGUCUAGAGGGUCACAGCAGUAAUCACAGUGGACCUGCAGCUCACAUCCUUCCCCCGGGCAAACUGGGCAUGAGUAAUAACAGAAGAAACAGUGAUGAGUUUGUCUUCCUGUAAGGCACUGAGGAAGAUGUUGACUCAGUUCUGGCCUGUAGGGGGCAGAAGAGGACACUAUAUUUCCUUUCAAAGUGAAGGACUUGACUCGGCAAGGUGGACAUGAUACUUUGUGCUUGUCUGGUCAACAGAAAUAAAAACUGUUUUCUGUCAUCACCUCAGUGUGGACCAGCGUGGGUGUUAUAAGCUAACAGGCAUUAAUGUGUACUGGCUGGGUGAAGGCAUGAUUUCCAAAUGGAUCAUGUUAAGAAACAUUUAAAGUACUUGAAGUAUUCUUGAUUCACUUUUUCAGACAUUUAAAAGGCCCCAAAGUCAAACAUGUAUGAGUCAAAUCAACUGCUUUAAGUUAUACCCAGCUACUAUGUUUUCUCCUGGAUUGACUGGACACACUGACAUUUGUGGUCUUGAUUUUAUUUAAUGAGUUCACUUGUCAGGGACAAGCCUGCUAUUAUUCUCUGUGAUUGGGAAGACUUGUAAUAGACACCAUCUGCUGUACAUCUCCUUAUAUGUUUUCUUCCUUUAAAUUUAUUUAUCAAGUUCAUGAAUGUGUGUUUGCGUGUAAGUGAGUGUGGGGUUAGUGUAGUUUAUUUGUUCUGACUUUAAUACGUGUACAGGUGUAUUUAGGAGUCUGUCACUGUGUUCCACUGAGGUUCUCAAAUUCUUCCAAGAGCAUCUUGAACAGACGUAAAUUCACUCUAGUGUUGCAGCCUGCCUGAAUAUCCCACACAUGACCAGAUCCUUGACCUUUCACAUGCUUAAGCUGUCCAUUAUUCAUCAUAAAGAAUAUGCAACACUCCCGGAAUCUGCUGUUACAAUGUUCCUGUUGCUCAGUGAGUUAAGAUACAAAGCUGGCAGCGAAGAGAAGUCAUCCCUUCAGCUGGAGAUUGAUGUGGAUCUCCGCCUGCUAAGCUGAAACUCACAAAGCAGAAUUAUUGAGUUAUAUUAAUAAAUUUGAGUAAAACCGAGGAUGGUGCUCUUAAUUUAAGUCCUUGUUCUUGGUUUUAUACUGCAAAGUCUUACAAUCAACUCAGUAAUCCUAUUUCAUGAAGCAGGCCUGAGCUAAAUCGAGUUUUGGCUUCGAUCCUCAAUCUUCUGUUGCGAUGUCGUAUUUUGUUUAUCUCUUUUUUUACGUCAAAGCUACUACUGCAAGUUGCACUACUGAUGUUUUUUGGUUUGUUGUCCUGAUUAAACUUCAAACACUGGAAUCACA